AAUCACAGUUUUGACACCUGUCCAAACUCUCAGAAAUAGCCCUACUAUUUUCUGUUAAUUACAACUUUGCCAUAGAACCGCAUGGUCGACAAGCGGUUUGUCUAUUUUGGAAAAAACGCUCUUCGAAGAAGCGGUUUUCAAGACUGCCCUAGCACAAACCGCUUCCUCGGGGAGCGGUUAUGUGUCGGCAUGGCAAAACGCUCCACAGGGAAGCGGUUUACUAUGUCGACACAUAAACCGCACCCCUAGCGGUUUGUGCCUCGUCACCCGACAUCCGACAUGUCGGCAUGCAGGAGGUUGCAGGGUGGGGGCUGCAUGCCAGACUAAAACCGCUCCCCCCCCCCCUUGCAGUUUGUAGUGUAAAAUUUGCCUACAAAAAGCAGGUCUAGAAAACUCAAAAUCUUCACUCCACUCCUUCUUCUUCUUCAAAUUUCAGUUGUGCACCUUUAAAUUAUUUAGUUUUUGCAAUUAACGUUAAUUCGUAAGUUUGUUUUGUAUUACUUUUCAUUGUCAUUUGUGAUUUUUGUGUUAGAAACUUAAUUACAGUUUUAUUGCAGAUGGCAUUCCAAAGGUUCACGCUUGGGUUGCGGUGGAAUGAUUACACGAAAGAGACCGAAGAGGGUGUAAGUUACGUGGGUGGCAAUUUUUAUAAAAUGAAGGUCCGUACGAGACCGAUGCUUGAAGAGCUCCAUCAAAUGUGCACUGAGGUUACAUGCAUGGAUGGCACUAGAAGAGUUGAUCGUAUGGUGUAUCGAUAUCCAAACAGACAUGGCGGGUCGCUGUGGAAUGAGGAAUUCCUCAUUACCACUCAGGAGGACGUUGAUGACAUGGUCCAAUUUUUUACCACCAAUAAAAUAAGGGUUAAUAUCUUAUUAUGACCCGAACUAUGACCAUAUAAUCAACUUUGGCCCGUGGUCUGAGAAAUUAACAUCUUGGCCUGAAUUUUGCAGCAUAAAGACUCAAUUGACCGAAAGCUUGGUUUGACCGUUCGUUUGGACGGUCAACUGUCCAGGUCACCGCCAUGUAAGCACCAAAGAAAAAAAAUCAAUUUUCAAUUUUCUUUUAUUAUUUCCUUUACCUAAUUAUAAAAAAUGAAAAAAAUAAAAUUAUUUUCGGUAAUGGGCCACUUAUCUUCCUUCAUUUAUCUCGAUGAAGCCUACUCUACUUCUUCGACCACUUAUUUUCCUUCCUCCUCUCUCGAUUACUAUGGGUGAUGGAUGAUAACUAAUGGCGCCACUAUUAGACGAUAUGGACCAUUAUGUAAAUAAAUGGAUAGCGUACGAUUAGUUUAGCAUAAAUAGAAUGUAAUUAGGACCAAAAUGUAAUUAGAUAGGUUGUUACAACAGAAACGGUUUUCCCUCCGUUCAACUCUGUAAACCAGAGUAUAAAUUUAGCAACUCUAGCUGAACUCUGCACGUUUUUCUUCCCGCAAUACAGAAAAGCAUAGCUUUAGUCAGAAUUCUAGCAUGGUAUCAGAGCUCAACUGAGCCGAUUUCGUCUCAACUCUCUCGCUUCCGUCUCUUCUUCUUCUUCUCGUAAUCGUUCUCCUAUGGCGAUUCACGAUUCUUCCUCUUCUAGCGACGACGCUCACCCUGCAAAUCCUCACACUGGAGGUCGCUCCAUUGGCAUCAAUGGCGUUCUGUACAAAGGCAUUCUGAUCUCCAAUCCUGCCUCGCCAUUCUUCAUUCAUCCCUCAGAGAAUUGGGGGCAAUGUCUCGUCUCUCAACCACUCACUAAGAAUAACUUCUCGAGUUGGGAGCGUUCCAUGAUUCGUGUCAUCGAUGGCAAGAACAAAUUAGGGUUCUUUAAUGGCAAAAUCCCGCAGCCGAGCGAUGAUUCCCCCAUGUUGGAGCCCUGGAAUCGCAAUAACAAGCUUCUGCUCAGGUGGAUUCAACGAUCUGUGAAUCCCACCAUUGCUGAAAGCAUUCUCUACGUGACCACUGCUAUCGGUGCUUGGACAGAGUUACGAUAGCAAUUCUUGCAAGGAGAUUCUUUCCGAAUUGCAGAUCUUCAAGAAGCCAUUUUCAAUCUUAAGCAAGGUACUCUCAGCGUUUCUCAGUAUUACUCGAAGCAAAGAGCCUUGUGGGAUCAGUUAGCCAACUAUAGGUUUAUCCCUGAUUGUGAAUGUGGAAUUACAUGUCACUGUGUCUUAGCUUAUUUGCGUAAAGAUCAUAUGAAUGACAAGGUUAUCCGCUUCUUGAGAAAUCUCAAUGAUAGCUUCAAUGGUCCUCGUUUUACCGUGAUGUGCUUGAUCCAUUACCUCCCAUUAACAAAGUGUUUGCUAUGAU